GCUGGCCAGGAUGGCCGCCGGAGGUGUCGCAGCUGGCUUUACCGCUGCCCUCCUGUACAACUACUUCAACGCCGGUGUGAGCACUGCUCACGCCGAUGGCGCUGCAAUUCCCGAGAACCCCGACACAUCGGGCAACGGCUGGCAGCCAAUUCACGCGCUCGAGGUGGACGACCCCAAGGUGUGUGCGGGCUACCGCCAAGUCGGCGUGCUGCGGCACGUGUAUGGCGCGCCUGCCGAGCAACACGAAGAGGAAGACGGCGAAGCAUACCGCGACCUGGGCGUGGGCCUUUUGCUCGGCUUUGGCCUGCUGCUCCGUGUGUUCAGCGCUGCUUUUUAGGGGCGAGCUAACUCCAGAACCCCAUGCGCAUUCGCAUGGCCACCUGGGUCACGAAUCUGCAGGAUCACAUCGUCAAGACGCUCGAGUCUAUCGAGGCCCAGGCGCCCCCGGACGGCGAGCAUGCGCCUGCCACAUUCCUGCGCGAUCACUGGAUUCGGCCCACCGGCGGUGAGGGUAGCUCAUGCGUCAUGGCCGGCGGCCGCGUGUUCGAGAAGGCGGGCGUGAACGUUUCCGUUGUCGAGGGGCGCAUGCCCCGCGGCGGCCAGGAGCAGAUGCGCGCCGACCACUCGAGCAUCACACCUUCCGACACCCCCCUGCCCUACUUUGCCACGGGCCUGUCUAUUGUCAUUCACCCGCGUUCGCCCCAUGUGCCUACUGUCCAUCUCAACUACCGCUACUUCGAGCUGUGUGACGACAAGACCGGCGAGCCCGUCGCGUGGUGGUUCGGCGGCGGCUCCGACCUGACCCCCAACUACCUGUAUCCCGAGGACGCCGAGCUGUUCCACGACACGCUCAAGGCCGCCUGCGACAAGCACAACCCCAAGUACUACCCGACCUACAAGGAGUGGUGCGACAAGUACUUUUAUCUCCCGCACCGCGGCGAGACGCGUGGCGUCGGCGGCGUCUUCUUUGACGACCUCACCACCAGCAGCGACAUUCACGGCUCCAAGAACCCCUCGCGCGAGGAGAUCUUUGAGUUUGUCAAGUCGUGCUCAUCCGCGUUCCUCCCCGCCUACGUCCCUAUCGUCCAGCGCCGCAUGGGCAAGGCCUGGACUGAGCACGAGCGUCGCUGGCAGCUCCUCCGCCGCGGACGCUACGUUGAGUUCAACCUGCUUUACGACCGCGGCACCAAGUUCGGCCUCAACAUUCCUGGUGCCCGCGUUGAGUCUAUCCUCAUGUCUCUUCCCGAGUACGCCCGCUGGGAGUACUGCACACCAGUCGGCACUGAGGAGGGCUCGCGCGAGAAGGCACUCCAGGACGUCCUCAAGAAGCCCCGGGAGUGGGCCACCAAGUAGAACGACGGCGGACGAGGGGGGCAUGUUGUCACAGCAUCAGCAGCAAAACAAUCAAAAUCUGUCGGUAGCAGAGAUCGUUAGAUCGUCGUCUUGUGAAUACUCGCAUCAUAAUGCAUCACACCACUGCAUGAAACUCAUACAACAUACAAGGCAGG